AUGGACGUCUUGAAGGGCCUGCUGAAGCCGCGGCCGACGCCGCAGCAGUUGCUGCGUGAGUGGCAGCGCCGCCUCCGGAACGAGCGCCUCGUCCUCGACCGCCGCAUCCGUGAGGUGCAACGGGAGGAGAAGAAGGUGGAGAAAGCGAUCAGGGAGGCUGCCAAGCGCAACGACCUAGCAUCGGCCAAGACUCUCGCUAAGGAACUGGUGAGAUCAAGACAUGGUGUAAACCGUCUUCAUGAAAACAAGGCACAACUGAAUUCGGUUUCAAUGCGUCUUGGAGAAGUUAUUGGGACCGAAAGGAUGGUUGGUUGUCUGUCGAAGAGUGCUGAAGUUAUGCAAAUUAUUAAUUUACUAAUGAAAGCCCCAGCAUUGGCAGCCACAAUGGAACAAUUCACCAAAGAAAUGAUAAAGGCAGAGGUGAUGGAAGAGAUGACGAGUGACAUGAUUGAUUCGGCUUUGGACUUUGAGGACAUGGAGGAUGAAAUUGAAGAGGAGGUUGACAAGGUUCUUGCUGAAUUAGCAGCUGAGACUUCCUCACAGCUACCAGCAGCAGCCAGGGCGCAGGGGAUGAAGCAAGUCUCAGUGGGCAGGGCUCAAGGAGAGCAACAAGCUGUUGCUAAGGGCGCCGACGAUGAAGAAGGAUAUUUAAAACUAAAAGAGAUCAGAUCACGGCUUGCCAAUGUGAGGUCAUAA